AUGUCUGUGGAUCAGAUCGGUCUCCUCAGCGACCCAGCUCUCCAGCAAAACUGGACCAAGACGACCUGCGGCUCGGAAAUCUUCAGCUAUCUGCGCGCUGACACGCUGCCCUCAGAAGAACAUCCCCUCCUCAUUCUCCUUCACGGCUACCCGCAGACGAGCUACAUCUGGCGCCACCUCGUCCCGCUCCUCCCGCCUUCAUACCCUCUUUUCAUCCCUGAUCUCCCAGGCUAUGGCCGUUCUUCACCCUCCCUCACCACCCACGACAAACUCACCAUUGGCAUCGCAAUCCUCGAAGCCCUGCGCACCAUUCUCGACUCCCGCCCCUCUACCCGCUCCACCUCCCCAAUCCCCAUCAUCUUCAUCGGCCACGACCGCGGCGCGCGCAUCGCGCACCGCCUCUCCCUGACAUUCUCGCACCCCAACACCUACAACCCCAGCCCCAACCCCCUCCCCUCCUUCGCCCUCCACGGCCUCACGCUCCUCGACAUCGCCCCGGAGCUCGCGCAAUGGGCGACCUUCGCCUCGCCCGCCGCCUCGGCGUCGUCCUUCCACUGGCCCUUCCUCGCCAACGCCGACCUGGCCACCGCCAUGAUCGAGGCUUACGGCCCGCGCCGCUGGUGCGCGAUGCUGCUGUCGCGCUGGAGCGGGAGCGUCGACGAUCACGAUUUCGAGACCGGCAGCAGUCCUCGUAUCGCCCGCUUCAAGGAUGGCGGCGCGGUCGAGGCCUACUGUUCCGCGUUCGAGCGGCCCGGUGUGGUGAGGGCGACGUGCGAGGACUAUGCUGCCAGCGUCUAUGUUGAGAAGGAGAUUCAUGAGAGUGAUGAGAGGGAGGGAAGGAAGGUUUUGCUGAGCGGUUCUCGGAGGAGGGGCGUGUUGGUGGUGUAUUCAAGGGACUACAUGGGGCAGAAAGGGAAGAGGGAUGUACUGGGGAUUUGGAAGAGGUAUGUGGAUGAGGGGACGAAGUUGGUGGGAAGGGGUAUUGGAGAUGGAACGGGGCAUUAUUUGCCGGAGGAGGCGCCAGAAGAGGUUGCGGAGGCGUUGGUCGAGUGGUUGGAGGGGAGGGCUUAA